AUGGGAGGAGGUUACUCUGAUCUUAAUGUUUAUUAUACUGAGAGAUGGAAAUAUUAUGAUCGUACUCUUUAUAAAGUUGAAUCAAGAACUAAAAACUUUCAAGGAUGUAGCGACUUUGAGGAGGUUACUCAUACUAUAACAUUUACUGAGGGUAAACCCUUAGAUUAUAACGUUUUAUUAUACGAUGGUACGAACGAUAAGAAUAAAGGUAAACGUGUAUUUGGCUAUUAUCAUCCUAGAAACGACAAUGAAGUUAUUCAAGAAGUGCGUACCUAUUACUCAGUUUUAGCACCAAAUGUCCCUCUUGUUAUUUCAUUUGCUUUAAAAGGUAACCUAACUUAUAAUUGUUUACUAGGCGAAUUGCAAAACGCUAGGUGGGACUAUUCUUCAAAUAUAGCCCGUUAUUCUUUUAGAGACAAUUUGAAUAAGGAUUUUUUGGGUAAAGAAUUCAGAAAACUGUCAUUAAAAAGAACAAUUCAAUUUACAAUAGGGGAGGCCAAAACUGAUAUUGAAGGUGAAAGACAGGAAUUAGGAGGUAAUUUAAUCUGUAGAUUUAUUUUUAUACCAAAAGGCAACGUUUCGGUCCUAGGCAGUGAAAGUUUAUUUUCCUUAGAAUCCAAUAAACCUAAACCUCAAAAUACCAUAAAAAAUCAAAUUGAUCCUUAUUAUUUAACAUCUGUUAAAGACCACUUUUUUGAUGGAAUCAUGGUAUACUUUGCUGAAGAAAUUAUGAAACAGGAAAAGUACGAGGAUAAAGACGUUGAAAAUAGGGUAUUACUUUUGCAGUUAAUUAACUCAUGUAAAACCACAUAUUUUAAGAGACGAGAUAAUGACGGUUAUUGGUGGUCUGAAGAACAAGUUACGUACACUGACGAUAAUUCACUUGUAAAUGAGUUGGAAAAAAUAAAGGAUCAAACCGAAGAUGUCAACACUGUCAUUCUUGACGGGAAGAAAACAUACAAGGGGGUUCAAGAUGUUAAGACAGAUGAAACAAAUAAAGCUUGCAUAAAAUACACACACAAGUAUGAAAGCUCUAAGAAGUCGGUCACCUUAUUUAAAAGAGAACAAAAAAAACUUGUUACAUCUGAUCUAUCGGAUGCCAUAUCACAGAAUGUUGAUGUGUACUAUCUGAGACCUAAGGAUGCAAAGGAUGAUGAUACAGAGCCAUUUUUAAUCGUAUUUUAUAAAAAUGGUCAACCGCUAAGUGACAUGAAAGCAUACCACUUUGCAAAUAAGUACGGGUUUGAAGAAUGGACAAAGUUUCAACAGGAUAAGUUAGAAGAAAAGGUAAAAAAAAUAGAACAAUAUGGAAAAUGUAUAAGCGAUUUAUUUUUAUAUCGGACAAUGGCAUAUGAGAUAUUAAUUGGUAAAGAACCUGAACCUCCAGACAUAAAAGAGGCGACGACGCCGAAAAGACCAGAUUUGGAAACACCAGGACCAACAACUCAACCUCCCAAUUGGUGGUUGAUCAUAGGAUGUAGUGUAGGAGGGUUUCUCUUACUAGUGGCUUUGGUUGUUGGUUAUGGUAUCUAUUGGUACAACACAACCAUCAAACUCUUGACAUAG